UAUUCCUUAUUCUCGUUCAUUCUUACAAUUGGAACACUUUUAAAUUCGUUGGGUUCCAAGAUGGCUGAUUUAUUUUUAUCAAAACAAAUCAAUUAACAGCAGGCAAAUAUAACAAAUAGACUAUUUUUUUAAUUACAAUCAAAAAAAAGUUCAUUUGACCCGUCUAUAAUUCGUAAAUUCGAUAUCAGGGAAUCUACUCUUUCCCAUCCAGCAACAAAUAUAUAAUGUUAACUUUUUUGAAUAAUGUAAAAACUAGAAAGUUUUUGCUAUGGCUAUUUGAAAAACAACUGGAUGAAUAAGUGAAUUAACAACAGAAAAACAACGACAAAAGACCACCGAGAAAAACAACUUUAUCAAAUCAACAAGAAGAAUAAUAAUCUUCAUUAUUGCUGCAUUGCAAUUUGCAAACGCAACGUCAAUAGUGAGAUAAGCAACAAAUCGUCGACGACGACGUUGUGGACGGGCAGAAGAGAAUCAAAGAAGACACUUAAAUUUCAGGUCGAUUCGAUGUCUGCAUAAACACCACAACAUGAGAAAAUCCAAAAGUUAUGAUUCUCAAAGCAAUAAUAUUGCUCAUCUGUUGAAUGAUCGUAUGCUCUAUAGCGACGAUUUCGGUAGUCAUGUGCGAAGACGUUUACAUGCCUUGCCGUCAUUCAUGCAACGUCUCGAACAGGAGUGCGUACUAAAGGGACAUGAAGGUUGUGUAAAUUGCUUAGAAUGGAGUAGUGAUGGACGUAUUUUGGCCUCUGGUUCCGAUGAUUUCCAGCUAAUUCUCUGGAAUCCAUUCAAACAGAAACGUUUGCAAAGCAUUCACACCAAACAUUAUGGCAAUAUGUUUUCAGUUAAAUUUCUACCGAAAUCCAAUGAUAGUCUAGUGGCAACGGCAGCGGCCGAUAAGACAAUCAUGUUAUUUGACAUUAAUGCAAAUUCUCCGGCAGAAUCGUUGUAUACAUGUCAUUGUCAUGUGGCAAGGGUGAAGAGAUUGGCCACAGCACCAGAUUCGCCAUAUGUCUUUUGGUCUGCUGGGGAAGAUGGCUGUGUCCUGCAAUUGGAUCAUCGUGAAAAACAUGUUUGCCGUUCGACCAGCAAUAGUGUUAGCCUUAUAAAUUUAACAGCCUACAUUGAUCCCAAUGCUGAGGCAAAAUGUAUUGCAGUAAAUCCAAUACGUACGGAAUACAUAGCUGUGGGAGCAAAUGAUCCCUAUGCCAGAAUCUAUGAUCGACGUAUGCUUAAGACUUUUUCAUCGGCUUUAAAUGAUGCUCCCGAAACUGGCGACAUACCAAAAGAGUGCGUCACCUACUAUUGCCCGGGGCACAUCAGUAAAAACAAUAGCAAACGAAUCGAACAUGAAUCGCGGGCAAUAACAUAUCUAACGUUUAAUGCCACCGGCACCGAACUGCUAGUCAAUAUGGGAGCAGAACACAUUUACAUUUACGAUUUAUACAAUGCAGAACAGCCGGUGUUUUUAAAUUUACCGGAAUUUAAAACACCUAGUCCUAGCACAGAAUCCGAUGCAGUGGACAAGGAUAAGGUGGCCACGCAAAGGGAAAAAGAAUCGACGAGUCAUAAUCGUCGAAAAUUACCCGAACAAAUUGAGGAAUAUAAAAAGUGGGGUAAUGAUUUUUUGGAAAAUGAAAAGUAUUAUCUGGCCAUACGAACGUAUUCCGAUGCCAUACGCCUGGCCUCGUUUGCCUCGCCGGUGUUGUAUUUGAAUCGAGCCACAGCCUAUAUGCGACGCGAUUGGUUUGGUGAUAUUUAUGCCGCCUUGAGGGAUUGUCAUACGGCCUUGCGUUUGGAUCCGUCGUAUGUAAAGGCCCACUUUCGUUUGGCUAGAUCUUUGCUAGAAUUGGGACGUCCCCAAGAUGCCGAUGAGUGCCUAAAGGAAUUGAUAAGACGUUUCCCCAGCUAUGCCAAUAAUCAUGGUGUUUUAAUGCUGAAUAAAGAUAUCAAGGAAAAUCGUCAGACAACCCCAUCACACCAGCAGCAACAACAACAAUCUCCCGUGGCUGAUAUCUUUGCCCGUGGCGAAAUGUCCGAUGAGGAAUUCUAUUGGCGUUGCAAAGCCAAAGAUUACAAGGAACGUUUUGUGGGCCAUUGUAAUACGACAACGGAUAUUAAAGAGGCGAACUAUUUUGGUUACGAUGGUCAAUUUAUUGUGGCCGGUUCGGAUGAUGGCAACUUUUUCAUAUGGGAACGAAAGUCGGGUAAUAUACACAGUAUUUAUAAGGCGGAUAGUGCCAUUGUCAAUUGUGUUUUGCCGCAUCCGGAAUUGUGUCUCAUGGCCACGUCCGGCAUUGAUCAUGACAUUAAGAUUUGGACGCCCAUGAAGGACAAUGAGAAACCCAAUUUUGUCGAUCCACUGGGUCGCUGUGUCGAGGAGAAUCAAAUGAAAAUGAAAACCGAUCCAUUUGCAAUCAAUAAUCGUACGGCAUUUUGUUGGAAUGGAUAAUGUUGGAGUAUAUGUUCCAUUUAGUUUGUUGUGAUUUUUAAGUUUUUCUUCCGCAAAAAUAGCUGUUUUUGUUUUUCCUUUUUUACGUUAUUUUUGAAUAUUAGAAGAAUUACAAUAAAUAAAAGAAUCAUCAUCCUGCGUUUGUGCAAUCACUCUAUCACCUUUUUGCAAAAUUUAUAUAUCUUCUGCCCCUCCCUUCUACCGCCCAAUUGAAAUCAAUUCUUGGCAUUUCUUCAAAUGUGUAACGAAAACUUUGGACCCCAUAAUAGAGAUAUUAAUUUUGAAAUAAGCAGUGGUAUUAGUAACUACAAUAUCUAUAUAUAUAU